CGGAAGGCGCACCACUGCCCCGGGCUGAGAGAAUCAAAGAUGGCGCAGGCCGCUCCGCGCUCCCCGCUGCUCUCUAACCGUGGUGAGGCUCUCGCGUGGUACAGAGGAGACCAGAACGCCUCUCUUCGGAGCUAAGGUGCUCGGGAACAUGUCGCGAGGCCGGAGAGGCUAGGGGGCAGAUAUUCUUAGGACGUAGCACUUCUGUAAACCUGAAAACUGGUUCCCCCAGGUGUCCGGUCCUUUUGAGCCCAGCCGUUGUCCCGCAUAGGGGCCCUUCCUUUACGUUCUGCGGGAAUCGAUGUGGGGGAAGUGGUGGGGAAGGAUGUGAGGACGCCUCCUCGCCUCCCAGGAAUAUCCCGGAGAUUCCCGAGCUUCUGGACAGGCAAUUACUCUGGCGACCGAGGAGACGGUCCGCGAGCCCAGGCUGGCCAUGAAGGGCGACCCUUUGGCUCCUGCAGCCCCCCUCAAGGGCCUCGGGGGACCCCUGCGGAGCAGCGAGCCGGUACGCGCUGGCCCGGCCCGAUCUCGGGCCGUGGAUCUGCUGGAGGAGGCGGCCGACUUCCUGGUGGUGCACCUGGACUUCCGCGCGGCGCUGGACACCUGCGAGCGUGCUUGGGAGAGCCUGGCCAGCGAUGGCCUGCAGGAGGAAGAGGAGGCUCCUGGCACCUGCUUGGAGGUGCAAUGCUCCCUGUGUGUGGUGGGGAUCCAGGCCCUGGCGGAAAUGGACCGGUGGCAGGAAGUCCUCUCCUGGGUCCUUCGGUAUUAUAAAGUCCCUGAAAAACUACCUCCCAAGGUCCUGGAGCUGUGCAUUCUUUUAUACAGCAAAAUGCAAGCACCUGGAAUCAUGCUGGAUGCGGUCACUGCCUGGCUCCAAGACCCAGCUAAUCAGGGCCUUCCAGAGUAUGGAGCUUUGGCAGCCCUGCACCUGCAGCGAGUGCUACUGCCCCUGGGCCACCUGUCCCAGGCGGAGGAGAUGCUGGCAGGCUCUGCAGCGUUGGACGAGGAGCAGCGGCUGGACGUACUGCACGCCAUCCAUUCAGCAAAGCAGCGGCAGACGCAGGAACGCUCAGGCCUUCCGCACACACAGACGCCGAAGCAGGACGGCGCCCUCCCCCACAAGCUCCAGUCACUCCUGAUGUUGCUGCGCCAGCUGUGGCACUCGGCAGUGAGCCACUUCUUUGCUCUGCCCUUCAAAAAGAGCCUCCUGGUCGCCUUGAUCCUCUGUCUCUUGGUGGUGAGGUUUGAUCCAGCUUCUCCGUCUGCCCUGCCCUUCCUCUACAAGCUGGUGCAGUUCUUCAAGUGGAUCCGGAAGGCCAGGUGUCCUCGCCUCUACCAGCCCCCCAACCGUGACUGAAGGGUCUUCGCUGCCCACCUCCACCCACAACCAGAGCGGUCUAACAGUCCUUGGAGGCUUGGUCCCUGCG